AUGGAACAGAGAAGCGCUUGGAAGUCAGGCGAGGCAGAUGCAGAAUUCAUCCUUGCCAAGGCGUUUGGCUGGACAGGAUGGUUCGAGCUCAACAGGCCUAGCUACUUGAAGCCCAAGCUUCCUCCUGCUCCUGAGCAGAUCUCUGUAGCGCUCCAGUGGCUCAGAGAGGGCCCACUGCAGCUGACUUCUGAGCAACUGCGAGCAGCCCUGGCAGUCAAGCCUCUCGUGUAUCUCAAGGAGCCCCGUGCAUCCUACGAGCUUGCACUCCAGGUUGCGCCGGAGCAGUGGCGCUCCCCUGAGGCCUUCAAGGCGCUUUUGCUCAGAGAGCCGCAGGUUCUGGAUUUGCUGUUCACUGUGAUGGGAAGUGUGCCUUGGAUGCAGUCCAUUGCCCAGCAGCUUCAGCAUGAGCGAAAUGGAUUUUGUGCCUGCAACAGUGAGGCACCCAUUGCUGGCGGACGGUGCUGGACGGAGUGGAGGUUUGACUUGCGAAGGAAGAAAAAGCCACGGUUUGACACGGCAUGCUGUGUUGUGGCAUUGGCCUCUGCCCUGCUUCCACCAGGCAUGGGAUCUGAGAGUCGCCAAUGCCGGUUGGGCAGCGGCGAGCUUACGGUGCAAAAGGCACUUGGUGUUGUUCGAAUCGAGCGGAUUUUGAUGUUAGAUGCUGAGGGCAAAUAUCGCGACCAGCGGAUGAAGAUGUUUGAAACUCGAGGGGCCUCUCGAUGUGAGCUGCAUGACUGUGUGGCGUUGCGGCCAGAUCUUGGUCAUGACCUUGACCUUGGCUUCGACGAAUUUCUGCUCUACCACGGCUGUCGAGCAUGCAGUAUUGAUGGGAUCCUCCGCGAGGGCUUUGACCCUUGUCGCUCUGGGGAACGUGCUGGUCGAUUCUUUGGCUGUGGCACCUAUUUUGCAGAUGUCGCUGCAAAAGCCGACACAUACGUCGAUGCGGCGGCUGAUGGCAUGAGGUGUCUCAUUGUGGCACAAGUUUGUCUUGGGAAGGCUUUAAGAGCCCUUCGCACGAUGCCAAGAUUCCAGCCCGACGAAGAGGACGAAGCCGAAAGUGCAUUUGAUUCCGUGGUUGGUGAAGACCGGGAGCAUGGUGGAGUCCUUGACCACAGGGAGUACAUAGUAUACAAAGGUAGCCAAGCCAUGCCGCGUUACUUGGUUUGGUACAGACACGGCGAUGACUGCAAGUGUUUUCGCUGCAGAUUGCGGAUGGUGCCCUCGUUGCCACCGCUGCCGUUGCCCACUCCUGCUUCAAGCAGCGCAGAGGUUGCAGACUACCCUCAAGCGUUGCGGUCUUUCUCUGCGCGGGCAGCCUGUACACGGGCUCAACGGGUGUCGGUGCCAGCACGGCAGGGCUCCAGAGCGGCAAGCUGGGAGAGGAACGCCCAGUUACUUCCAGCUAUGGACGAUGAGGGGGAGAACGAGUUCGUGGUUGAGCAGGUUAAUGACGUUGUCAAGAAUGCCAUAACCAAGUCCCAGUACAGCAAGGAGCGGGUCACUUCGUGGACUAACCAGAUCAUUGACGAAUGCUUGAAGGAGCUUGCAAAGCUGAACAAGCCUUUCAAAUAUGUAGUUACCUGCAUAAUUAUGCAGAAGAGCGGUGCACCCUUGCACACGGGGCUCGCUUUGCACUGGGACACCAAGACAGAUGGAACGUCAUGUGUGCAAGUGGGGACAGACACCAUGGACUGCAUCACGACCGUCUGUGCUUGCAUGAUAUGA